AUGUCAUCCCAUUUUCACUCUAGAAUCGAAUUCAUUGAUGAGAUUUGUAAUUUUUUUGUAGUUCCUUCGUAUGACAUAUUUGUUGGGAAUGUGAACGAUAUUAUACCUGGUAAACUUUUUUGUGGCUUUGGGAAUGUCCCACUUAGCUUGGGAAGAAGAUCUGUUUUGCUGAAAGUUGUAAAUAAGGCAGACAGGCCUAUUCAGGUUGGGAGUCAUUAUCAUUUUAUUGAAGUGAACCCAUACUUGUUUUUUGAUAGAAGAAAAGCUUAUGGGAUGAGAUUAAAUAUACCAGCAGGAACAGCUAUUCGAUUUGAGCCAGGUGAUGCCAAGGUUGUUAAUCUUGUCAGCAUUGGUGGAAAGAAGGUUAUCAGAGGUGGAAAUGCAAUUGCGGAUGGUCAACUCGGUAUUGUCCAGCUUGAUAUGGUCUUGGAAGAUAUUAAAGCACGGGGAUUUGGAAAUAUAGAUCAGCCUGAUGCCAGUGAAGGCGUCACUGGAGAUAAUUCUGUCUUCACCAGUGAAAUAUCACGUGAAAAUUAUGCAAACCUGUAUGGACCAACUACUGGCGACAAGUUACGGCUUGGCGACACUGAGUUGUAUGCAGAAAUAGAAAGAGACUUUGCCGUUUAUGGUGAUGAAUGUAUAUUUGGUGGUGGAAAAGUUCUACGUGAUGGGAUGGGACAAGCUUCAGGCUAUCCAUCUUCCUCCUGUCUAGAUAUGGUCAUCACAAAUGCUGUAAUCAUCGAUUAUACUGGAAUAUACAAAGCAGAUAUUGGCAUCAAAGGAGGUAUUAUAGUUGAUAUUGGAAAGGCUGGGAACCCUGAUAUUAUGGAUGGUGUAAACUCAAGUAUGAUUGUCGGGGUGAAUACAGAAGUUAUUGCUGCAGAGGGCAUGAUUAUAACUGCGGGAGGUAUAGAUUGUCAUAUCCACUUCAUAUGUCCUCAGUUGGCUCUAGAGGCAAUAUCAAGUGGUAUCACGACAUUGGUGGGAGGUGGGACAGGGCCUGCUUAUGGUACUCGUGCAACCACCUGUACACCUGCGCCAUUCCACAUGCAAAUGAUGCUACAGUCAACUGAUGAUUUGCCAAUAAAUAUUGGUUUCACUGGCAAGGUUUGUGGAUCAAGUAUGAAUGAUUAUUAUGUUCCUACUAAUUUAUAUUUUGCUUCAUUUCUAUGUUUUAGUGGACUUUUUCUGAACCCCAUUUGAGCAUGGGUGAGUUAGGCCGAGUCUAGAAGAU